AACUAUCCGUUGGAUUAACGCGCUUUCAUCGUUUUGGAAACGAAAGAAGCAUGGAUACAGGCAAGGGGAGUUUGUGAGCUGAAUGUCACCGAUAGAUAGUAAAUACAACUCUGCGUUGUCUAACUGCCAUAUUCAAGUAUUUCAGUCACCACCAGAAAGUUUGACAGAAUGCCUCUAGUGAAUCUCACGUGAGCUUUUGCCUUUUGAUUAAACGAUGGCAACAUUUCUCAUGGACAGCUGUAGUUGUUAUAGCCUCUACCGAGAAUAGGGGCGACAAAUAAACCUAGCUAGCUACAUACAGUCGGCAGAGCCGGUCAACUCUGCAACAUUUGCUUUGAAUCAUAAUGUUGCCAUGCACUUCUUGGGGAUUGUGGAGAAGCGCUAUUCUCACCCUCAAGACAUUAAGCAGAGCAGCUCCAUCAGUGAGGGGCCUGUGUGUCCCUACCAGAGCGGUAUGCGAUGCUGAGACUAUCUUCGCCCUGUCGUCGGGCCACGGCAGGUGUGGUGUGGCGGUGGUCCGUGUCAGUGGUCCUGCCUCCUCCAUGGUCCUGAGGAAUAUGGCAGGUCUGACCCUACCCCCUCCUCGUACUGCCCAGCUACGGAGGAUCACUGACCCCCAGUCCAAAGAGCUGCUGGACCGAGGACUGGUCCUCUGGUUCCAAGGUCCCCACAGCUUCACAGGGGAAGACAGUGCGGAGUUCCAUAUUCACGGAGGUCCUGCAGUCAUCACAGCUGUCCUACAAGCCCUAGGAAGCCUGGAAGGUGUGAGGCCUGCGGAGGCAGGGGAGUUCACGCGGAGGGCCUUCCACGCGGGGAAACUGGGCUUGACGGAGGUGGAGGGCCUGGGUGACCUGAUCCACGCUGAGACUGAGGCCCAGAGGAGGCAGGCCCUCAGGCAGAUGGAUGGAGAGCUGGGCCGCGUCUACCAGGACUGGAGCUACAGGCUUAAACGGUGUUUGGCUCACGUGGAAGCCUUCAUAGACUUCAGUGAAGAUGAGCUCAUCGAGGACGGGGUGUUAAAUCACGUGGACAGUUCAGUGCGCCAGCUGGAGACCGAGAUAGAGACACACCUAAAGGACGAGAGGAGAGGAGAGCGGCUACGGAGUGGAGUACAGGUGGUCAUAGCAGGAGCUACCAAUGCUGGGAAGAGCAGUCUGCUCAACACACUCUGCCAGCGUCCAGCAGCCAUCGUGUCCCCCAUCGCGGGGACCACCAGGGACAUUGUGGAGACCUCUCUGGACAUUGGGGGCUUCCCUGUCCUCCUGAGUGACACCGCAGGGCUCAGAGACUCCUCAGACAGCGUGGAGAGAGAGGGGGUCCGCAGAGCCCGCCAGAGGGUGGAGCAGGCUGAUCUGACCCUAGUAGUGGUGGACUCCACCCAGCUACCCCCAGACCCUCAGCUAGCACCAGCCUUCCUCCAGGAGCACCUCAGCACCAUGCUUCCCAGCCCUGAGGCGGGCACGGAGGCUGCCUCAAACAGGGUCCUGCUGGUGCUCAACAAGAGUGACCUGGUACCUGAGGAGCAGAGGGAAAGGACAGAGGGAGAGCUGAGAGAGAGCCCGGGUCUCCCUCCUGCAUGUUUUCUGUCCUGCUACACCAGUACAGGGCUGGAGGAUUUCCUCACUGUGCUGCAGAGCAGGGUCAAGACUCUGUGUGGUGACCCUCUGAGCGGAGCUCCCAGUCUGACCCAGGCCCGUCACAGAGCCCACCUCCAGCAGGGUGUCCAGGCCCUGAACCAGUACCACCACUACAGAGACCAGGACCUGGCCCUGGCCGCAGAGGGGGUCCGCCUUGCCCUCACCCACCUGGGACGCAUUACAGGACGGGUCGGAGCCGAGGAGAUCCUGGACAUCAUAUUCAGAGACUUCUGCAUAGGGAAAUAAAUGGUUCAACAUGGAUACAUCUAAUGCAGAAAGGACACCCUCACACUAGAUAAUGUACCAGUGUGAAACGCGACAGACUUCAAAUGCAGUUAUUCUAGCAAUAAACCAAAAUGUAACUAGUGUACAUUUAAUUGUGUGUCCUGAUCAUUUGAACUGGUGCAUCUCAACUCUAGCCAUAGCCAGACUGAAGAAGUGGAAACAUCUUCGCAGAUCAGCUGUGACUUUCUACUGAGUCACUGUUUGAGCAUCCUCACACUGUGUUUUGUGGGAAAGAAAUGGUUUGGUAGGCGAUCAUCUCUGUGUUCUGUGGGAAAGAAACUGUUUGGUAGACGAUCAUCUCUGUGCCCUUUGUUCCCCUGUCAAUCUGGCCUUGAUUAAAUAUUUAUGUUUCCUC